AUGGCAUUUGAAUCUCUUUCAAAGGAAUGCAAAUUGGUUCCUUUUCUUGAAUACUCUGCCGCCCAGGCAUCUGUGUUGACUCUGGUGUCUGUAGCUAUUGAAAGAUUUGUUGCUAUAUGCCACCCACUGAGGGCGCAAUAUAUUAUUACACCGUCGAAGGCAGUGCGGAUAUGUGUACUCAUAUGGUUAAUCGCAUGUGGAUCAAGUAUUCCAUAUCUGUUCAUGGCGCAACACAGACAUUAUGACGUCACAGAAAAUGGCGAUGAUUUAUAUGACUGUGGAACAUACAACAAUUCCAUGCUAACGGAAAUAUACGUCAUCUUCGCAGCUGUGAUAUUCUUCCUGCUUCCUUUGAUCAUGCUGGUCGGUCUUUACUCAAGAGUGUCAAGUACUCUAAACAAAAAGAUCCCUUCUCAGAGUAACGGGAGGAGAUCUGCAAGACGAGAUACCCCAACACAUGGGGACUAUGUUGUCGUAAUGCACAUGUACACAUUCAUUGCAGAAGUCGGGGGCAGUUCAUCGCCAUAUUGCUGCCCUCGUAAAUCGCCUAUUAAACAGAGAGGUCUAGAUGCUAUCCGCUCGCAAAUGCGCAUGCGUAAACGGGUUGUGUAUAUGCUGAUCACUGUGGUGAUACUAUUUUUUGUAUGCCUGCUCCCUCAACGUGUCGUCAGCCUAUGGUUCAAAUAUGGAUCAACGGACCAGCAUAUGGAGCUUGGCGUUGAGAGAGUUUACACACUCGUCAUCGUCUGUCGCAUUUUGACCUACGUGAACUCUUCAAUUAAUCCAAUCAUUUAUAAUAUAAUGUCGUCAAAAUUUCGAGACGCUUUCUUACGCAUUCUUGGAAUCGGGCGUGUUCAUGGUCAGGUGUCGGAGGGUUAUCACUCUAACACGAGUAGACUUGGGCAGACCAGAAGUGAUAUUUCGAGGCAAGAUAAUAAAGGAACACGGCUCUGA